AUGCCCCUAUUUGAGACGGUGAAAAGUUUUGUACAGAGCCCGACAGAAUCUAAAGUUAAACAAGCUACCAAUGAAGAUGAAACAAUGGGCGCUACGGGGACGUUGAUGAAUGAAAUCUCAGUACUAACGUAUAGUCCCAAGACUUUGAAGGAGAUUGUCCAAGUACUUAAGAAACGUCUUUCAGGAUAUUCCAGAAAGACUAGUCAUAAGAAUUGCAUUUUCAUCAUUAAGACUUUGACAUUGAUGGCAUAUUUAAUUAACAAUGGAUCCAAUGAAUUUGUAGCAUGGAUUCGUAACAAUUCAUCACUAAUAUCCAAUUUAAUAUCUGAAAAGGUGGAGUACCCUAAAGAUGAUAAGAUGGGACCCGAGAUUAAAUCCAUUGCUGCAGAUCUAAUGGAAUUAAUACAGGAUGAUGAUUUAUUGGAAGAACGAAGGAAAGAUGUUGUUCAAUUCAGAUCAAGUAUUUCAUCCCCGGGGAGGAAGUCUACAGAUAAUUCUCAUUUGAAAAACAUAAUGUCUCCUGGGGAGAAUGUGGUUAGGUCACACUCGACAUCUGACAGGAGAGAAGAUGGCAUUGAUCGGAUGCUAAGACCAUUAUCACCUGAUUUACACACGGGAGCCCGGACGGCCAAUUACAGAUCGGGCACUACCAGUUUGGAUCUAAAGAGAAGGCCUGUCAGAAACACGAACGAAUAUGCUCGAUUCAACCUGGAUCCAUUGAAAGAGGAGGAUACUGUCCCAGAUGAAAGAUCAGAAUUAUUCAAGAGUCGAAAAGAUAACGUAAGCAAGAAUCCCUUCAGAUGA